AUGCCGCCACAUCUUCAUCCUCGGUCGCGGUCAACCUCCUCCCUCUUCGCCGCUACCCUCCUGGCCUCCCUCUUCGUUGUCGGCAUACCGCAUGUUUUCCCCUGUCCAGCCCCGCGUCGCACCCUGGCCGAUUCCCAAAUGACUGUCAAUGAGGAUGGACAACCAAUUCAGAGAAUUCGACGAAGGAGACGCAAGGAGACCGCUCCUGAUCUUGAUGAGAAAACGGUACCCUCCACACAACCCACGCCCGAUGACGAGGUGUCGACGUUCCUACAACUCGAAGAAGAAGCAGAGCGGUUGGCUAAGGCUGGGAGGGAAUGUCCUGUCCCGAAACCUGGCGGUGUGAUCGGUGAACUACUCGGUUUUCCGCCUCGAAAAGAUACACAAUUGCAUCAUCAGCCUCCGGGGAGUGAGGGACAAUAA